GGGCCCUCCUCGCUGCUCCGCCGGGAGAGACCGGGGCGAGGGGGGCUCGCUGCACCCCCUGCGCUGCUGCGUCGUGUUCCGCGGCCUCGGGGCGGCGGGGGCACGGGGGGACGGGUCCGGCCCCGUGAUGGUGGGUCCGGGCGGACCUCGCGGGGAGCAUUGCUGGCUCGGAGUGUGUCCCUCACUGCUUCUGAUCCGUCCGUGCUUUCUAGUCUGUUGUGAUUCUGCUGCGCCGAGGGGCUCAGAAACUCGUUCUUGAUUAGCAAACACCGUUAUAUGUUUAUGAUAAUACAAACCCUCUCUAAACACCUAAAAACCUUCACCCUGCCGUGGGCUGUGUGCCUCCUGCCGUGUUGUUUCUCGAGAGGUGCCGGGCGGCCGCAGCCGCUGUGGGCAGCAAAGGCAGCCUCAGCUGAGCAGGCCUGCGGUGCUUUGGAGCGCCUUAGGGGCUGGGCUGGGCUCCCCGGCAUUGCCCGUGGCAGCGGGGAGACCCUGGGGAGCAGGUGGGACGGAAGGGUUGGAGGUGCUGCCAGCAGAGGUGGAUGGGACUGCGGCAAAGGUACAGAUGCAUCCAGUCCUAAAGGCCUUUGUGUGUGGCUCCAUCAGUGGCACUUGUUCCACACUCCUCUUCCAACCCCUUGACCUGCUGAAAACCCGCCUGCAAACUCUGCAGCCUGCUGUGAAUGGGUCUGGUCGCGCUGGGAUGGUGACGCUGCUCUUUAGGGUUGUUCGUACUGAGAGUAUUCUGGGGCUCUGGAAAGGUGUCUCUCCAUCCUUUGCAAGAUGCAUUCCUGGGGUUGGGAUUUACUUCAGCACAUUGUACAUGAUGAAGCAAAAGUUUCUUGUGGACCGUUCACCCACAGCCCUGGAGUCUGUCUUCCUGGGUGCCGCUGCUCGUGCAGUUUCUGGGAUUUGCAUGUUGCCAGUGACUGUAGUGAAGACCCGAUAUGAGAGUGGAAGAUUUGGCUAUGGGAGUGUGUAUGGAGCCCUGAAGAGUAUCUAUCAGACCGAGGGGGCUCGUGGCAUGUUCAGUGGGCUCACAGCAACGCUGCUGCGGGAUGCGCCCUUCUCUGGCAUCUACCUGAUGUUCUACACACAGACCAAAAACCUCACACCUCAGGACCAGAUGGAUCCAGUGCUUGUGCCCUUGCUGAAUUUUGGCUGUGGGAUCUUUGCAGGGAUCUUGGCCUCUUUGGCAACACAGCCUGCUGAUGUUGUCAAAACACACAUGCAGCUGUCACCCCAAAAGUACCACAGGACAAGCCAGGCCAUUGCCUUUAUCUACAAGGACUUUGGGCUGGUUGGCUUUUUCCGAGGUGGUGUGCCCCGAGUUCUCAGGCGCACUCUCAUGGCAGCAAUGGCAUGGACGGUGUAUGAACAGAUGAUGGAAAAAAUGGGCUUGAAAUCCUGACUGAGUUGCAUGAGAAAGGACCAGCUUCGCUCCUUCUCCUGCUUGUGAUCAACUGGCACUGAGAAGUUCCCAGUUCCACAGAGGAAUAAGCCUUCCUCAGCCUGGAGGAAAAAAGCCCUUCUGAGACCCAGUAUUAGGCCUUUUGGCAUGUAGAGGAAAGGAGGGAUUGGAUCUUUACAUUGUUUGAUCAAUGCAUUCCAGAAGGACUGCACUUGCAGACUGCCGUGGGAAAUGGCAAGGUUUUCACAGCCUGGUAACUAUGCUGAGAAGCCCCUUUUAAAAAUAACUCUGUGCUCACCACCUUUAUGCAAUGAGACAAUAUUAGAGCAAAAGUGUUUGAGGAGAAAGCAGUGAUGGCAGAACCUGCUAGCCUGUUCCUUGUGGGCGUAGCCAGAAAGGCCACAGUGACCACCAUCUGAUGUAAAUCCUUCUUCUUUAUAUGCUUUAUUCACACAGGGGAACACUGGACCCUGCUGGGAAACUGGAUGUGUCUCGUGAUACUUAUAUUGCAGGAGUGGGUGGAAGAGAAAUGAAGUGCAGGGGAAAAGCUACAAGCAUGGUCUCUGCCAUCACUUUUGUACUGUGGGUGAUCGCAGAGAAAGUAACUGGAACCUCCUUGCUGUGUUAUGUGUUACUGUGUUAUUGAGCACCUUAACACUCUUGAAAUUUCUGCCUCUACAGCAGAGUUUGCACAGGAACUAAGAAGCAUAAGGCACUUUAGAAUUGAUUGCUGCCAAAGUUCUACUUGUUCUCUUAAAAAAAAAAAAAGCUGCUGGUCUAACUACAGCAGGAGCACUCAAGUGGUUUUGUUGGGGUUUUUUAUGCAGUUGUCAUAAAGACUUACUUGCUUCCUAUUCUUUAUUUGUUAAUCCCUGAUCAACACCCUCAGUGUGAACUGAUCCAUAGAGGUAGCUUUUAGAGCCAUGACUCAUAAUGCAUUUAUGUAUAAUGGAAACAGAUACAGAUACUGGCACUUCAAAUUUCCCUUAAAACAUUGCUGAUUUCAUGUGGAGUAUGUUUUGGUUUGGAAAGAAAAAGUUGCUAUUUCUGUAAGCUUUCUCCAAAGUUUGAGCCCUGUGGGUACAUGGUAGUGACCUAUAAUUCCCUUAGGGCUCCACACAGACUCUUCUCAUUUUCCUGGCUGAUCCUUUUCUCUUAUCACGUAGUCCAUGUUCGAGUAUGCCCGAGUUUAAAUACACUUUUCAUCCUCUGUGCCUUCUUACUCUUUCUUACUGUGUUACUCAGACCUCACAGUGUGUGCCAGGUGCAGCUUGAUUCCCCCCUUCACUUGUGCCUCUGUGAUGGGUUGGAUCCCUUGCAGCUCUGUUAGCAUAGGCGUGAAGCUGGCGUGGAAGUGUGCAUCGUGUUCUGUACUGUGCCUUGCAGAAGACUUAGCUUUGGCUUUUAUUUUCUUAAAUAUCUAGGCAUAUUGCAGUUCACUUUAGAACCAGAGCACCUGUCUCUAAACAUGAAGAGAUGACACUGUAGCUGUAUGAACAACCAGUGCUACCUACCUGUUGUUCAUAAAUUUUAGAGUGUAUUUUGGGCAAUCACUGCCUGCCCAGACAGCUUCCCGAGCGCAAGAACAGAGGGGAUGUGGAUUGUUAAAGUGCUGCCUGUUUUCAGACUCAGCCCAUCUGCGAGGGGAGGUUGGUGCUCUCCCAUGCAGGAGUCUCCAAAAUUGGUGGUGGAGGAUUCUGUGUGCACGUCUACGUGUUAGCAACAGAGCACUGCAUCAAAUCAGGCACAUGGCACAUUAUUUGCUAAAUCCUAAAUGUGAACACCUGUUCCUUUCUUUUGCUGUUCCUUCUGCCCUUAGUGACCAGAACUUGUGAGAGUGCCUGAAACCGUGGUAACUGCACAUCCUGCUUGUUUGCCAUCCUGAGCAUUACUGACACAGAGCUGGAGAACCGAGUCUAGGACUGAUGACCUGGCAGAAUAAGGUGGCAAUUAGAUGAGUUACCUCAUUUGUCCUUUAUUCCCCUGUGUAUACACCAACAUUGUGCUGGGAGCCUGAAUUAACUUGGUGCUUUAUGAAUCUGGCAUGUGAGUUGGAUCUGUUGAUCGUCCUGGGCUGUGGUAGCCAAGGGCAGUGUGUGGGGUCACCUGCAAGGUGCUUCUCACAUAUUUUGUUGCUGGUUUAGCAAUGGCAAACUUGUUUAGCAGUGUGCAACUAAUGCAGACAGAAAUUUAAGCUCUUAAAAAUGAGGCAGGCAAGCAAAGAAUGUGAGGUAAUCUGGAAUUAAGGUCCUCAUCAGAAACCUGAAUUUCAAGAACACUUUGGUGGCUUUUAUGUCCCUGUACUCCUGCCUGGUCAAGUAACGAAGGAAGAAGUAGAGAGUUUAUUCCCAUUUGUUAAUGUUUUAAGUUCUGCUGUGGGAUUUUUUUGUUUGCUUUAAAUCUGGAAUCAGGCCUAAAGCAGUGUUAUCUUUUACUUUGGGAAAGCUUUUUCAUUCGGCUUUGGUGCUUUGUUAUUGGAGUAGAAUGAAAAGCUAUAUGAUUUUUGGCUUGUGGAUUAACCUGGGCUCCUCUGGGUUUAAGAAACAGAGAAUCUAAAUUGCACUGUGUUUCAUCUACCAUUUGUGCUGCAAAUCCAAAAGCUUAUCUACCUGUGAGUUGGAGAGAAUGAAUUCUGUAGUGCAAGCUUUUUGGUUUUUUUUUUCUUUUUUUUUUUUUGUUGUUGUUGUUUUUGUUGUUUCUUUUGUUGGGCGUCAUAUAUGGGGGAAGGGAAAGUCUGAAGUUCUGCUUCACUCUGUUCUGAAAGCUUUAUCACAUGGUCAGGCAUAAGACUGUUUCUCAGCUCUGGUCCUUACUGUCCUUCACCCUUUUCUCCUCUUCAAAAACAUUCUGUUCCUGAAGUGAUUUAUUAAAGUUACUCCUUGAUAGCUGUAGCAAGUCAAGACAAUCAAGUGCAUGGACUUGAAGUUUAUGUGUAUUCCCCUUGAGGUUUAAUGUUUCUACAUAACAACAAAUUGUCCCUGUACAGCCUAAAGGUAAAGUAAAUCAAAUAAAAGAUCUGGACAGAGGUGCUUAAUCACCUACCUACAUCAUGCCAGCAAUUCAACACUAGCAAUCUUGUCAGAUAAUCAUUUCCAAAGCCAUCUUGGUUUGGAUUCUGGAGACAGUGGUGUGCAAUCCUGCACUUCAGGAUUGCAAGUCCCUCUUGGACUGACCUCUGUUGCUGGCAAUGCAUUGUUAGUGAUUGUGCACUGUCUCUGCUUGCCCCUGCAGCUGUGGCUAAGAACACAGCUGGCUGGCAUGUUGAGGCAGCCGUGUUUAAGUGAGUUGAAAGGACACAAGAGAAAUAGUCUGAUUAUUCAUGCUUUAGAAACUUUAUGUUUCCACUAUUCCUGUGUGAUGAUUUGUUUGGUUGUUUUUUUUUUUUUUUCCCUCCAAGUCUCUUAAACAGAACUGGAGCUUUGGAACAUUGUGUAGCUUUGAGUAUUGUGAAUGCUUAUGUGUCUGUAUAAAAUAUUUAUGUGAAAAGGUGUAUUAUAUGUUUCUAUUAAAAGCUGGUUGCUAAAAUUAA